CACGACGACGCGACGCGCGCGAUGAGCGUUCAGGAGUACAUCGAGAAGCACGAUCUCACGAAGAAGAUCGAGGAGGCGCUCAACGCCGCGGUCAAGGCCAAGGCGGAUGAGCCGCUCGCGUUCGUGAGCGAGUACAUGAAAAAGCGCACGACGCCCGCCAUCACGAAGGUCGUCGGUCGCCAAAUUUUUGACUCUCGCGGUAACCCGACGGUUGAAGCCGAUGUGUACACGCACAAGGGUAUGUUCCGCGCCAUGGUGCCGAGUGGUGCGUCCACGGGUAUCUACGAAGCCGUGGAACUUCGCGACGGCGGCAAGGAAUACAUGGGCAAGGGCGUCAUGCAAGCCGUGAAGAACUUGAACGAAAUCAUCGCCCCGGCGCUCAUCGGCAAGGACCCGCGCGACCAAAAGGCGAUCGAUGAUUUCAUGUGCAAAGAUCUCGACGGUACGGACAACAAGGGCAAGCUCGGCGCCAACGCCGUGCUCGCGGUUUCCAUGGCCGUCGCCAAGGCUGGCGCCGCCGAGAAGGACGUGCCGCUCUACCAACACAUCGCCGACCUCGCCGGUAACGGCAAGUUGGUGCUCCCGGUGCCGGCGUUCAACGUCAUCAACGGUGGUUCCCACGCUGGUAACAAGCUCGCCAUGCAAGAGUUCAUGAUCUUGCCGGUCGGGGCUUCCUCCUUCAAGGAGGCGAUGCAAAUGGGCUCCGAAGUCUACCACAACUUGAAGUCGGUCAUCAAGAAGAAGUACGGCCAAGAUGCGUGCAACGUCGGUGACGAAGGUGGCUUCGCCCCGAACAUUCAAGACAACAAGGAAGGUCUCGACCUCCUCGUUGAAGCGAUCGAAAAGGCUGGCUACACCGGUAAGAUGAAGAUCGGUAUGGACGUCGCCGCGUCUGAAUUCUUGACCGAAGACAAGUGCUACGAUCUCGACUUCAAGACCGAAGGCAACGACGGUUCCAUGAAGAAGACUGGUGCCGAGAUGAUCGACUUGUACCAAGAGUUCAUCAGCGAGUACCCGAUGAUCUCCAUCGAGGAUCCGUUCGACCAAGACGACGCUGAAAACACCGCCGCGCUCACGGCGAAGAACAACUGCCAAAUCGUCGGCGACGACUUGUUGGUGACCAACCCGAAGCGCGUGCAAGCCGCCAUCGACGGCAAGUGGUGCAACGCCCUCUUGCUCAAGGUGAACCAAAUCGGCACCAUCUCCGAGUCCAUCGAGGCCGUCGGCAUGUCCAAGAAGGCUGGCUGGGGUGUCAUGGCUUCCCACCGCUCCGGCGAAACCGAAGAUUCCUUCAUCGCCGAUCUCGCCGUGGGCUUGUCCACCGGUCAAAUCAAGACGGGCGCCCCGUGCCGCUCCGAGCGUUUGGCCAAGUACAACCAGCUCUUGCGCAUCGAAGAAGAACUCGGUGACAAGGCUGUCUACGCCGGCGCGUCGUACAAGCACAUUGCUUGGUAAACGCGCGUUAGGACACGCUCGGCACAAUUACGUUUGUGCGCGCGUCGAGCGCCCCAGUCGCUCGUCGCGCCCCGCGAUCGCGCUUUGCUUUGCCUUUGCUUGCAUUAGAGCCACACCUUUCAUAUA